CUGACAAUACCAGCUCAGACUUUCAGACGCAGUGGCAUUUCCGUUAUUUACCCACGCGCUGUGUCGUUUAUUCAACCUGCAUGCGUUCCACACAAUCAAUCCCCUUCCCCUGCACCCUAUUCACUUCUCCUUCAUCACACUCACAACAACACAUACAUCUACGGAAAACACUUCAACCCAGCUUAAACCUUCUUCCCCGUUUCCGUCUUCGCUCUUCACAGAAACCGCCGUCGCUCGCUGCCAAUCAUCACGAGGGUUGCGGGUGCUUAGUUUUUUGUUUGCUUUUUUUCCUUGGUUCCAUGCGUUUUCCGUGUUCUGCCGCCGCCGUAAGCCGCCUCCCUUGAGAGAUGGGUUGCGUGCUCGGGACGCCGGCGCGUGCCGGAGUACAGCGCCGUCGCGGGAGAGAGCAGCAGGAAGUUGCUACCGGAGAAGUUAAUAAUGCCGUUAGGGUUCGAGAUAAGGAAAGAAACCUGCAUACCGGCGAUUUUCCGGGGACUCUUCCGGCGCUGGAACGCCGGAAACCUAUACUCGACCCGUGCGCUGUCACGCAUCAGGGAUGGCCGUCGUGGUUGGUGGCCGUCGCCGGCGAAGCAAUCGGCGAUUGGACUCCUCGUCGAGCCAAUACUUUCGAGAAGCUUGCUAAGAUUGGACAAGGGACCUAUAGUAACGUGUAUAAGGCUAGGGACCUUGUUACGGGGAAGAUUGUGGCAUUGAAGAAAGUGAGAUUUGACAAUUUGGAGCCGGAGAGUGUGAAGUUCAUGGCGAGAGAGAUACUUGUUUUGAGGAGGCUUGAUCACCCCAAUGUGGUGAAGCUUGAGGGUUUGGUUACUUCUAGAAUGUCGUGCAGUUUAUAUUUGGUGUUUGAGUAUAUGGAGCAUGAUCUCGCAGGGCUUGCGGCUGGCCAAGGGGUCAAGUUCACUGAACCUCAGGUUAAAUGCUUUAUGAAGCAAUUACUCUCUGGUCUUGAGCAUUGCCACAGUCGAGGCGUGUUGCACCGUGAUAUCAAGGGUUCCAACCUGCUUAUAGACAAUGAAGGAAUCCUUAGAAUUGCAGAUUUUGGACUGGCAACUUUUUUUGAUCCCAAGAUAAAACAGGCAAUGACAAGUAGAGUGGUGACCCUUUGGUAUCGUCCUCCCGAGCUUCUUCUUGGAGCUACAUUAUAUGGUGUGGGUAUUGACCUUUGGAGUGCUGGCUGCAUCUUGGCAGAGCUGCUUUCUGGAAAGCCAAUAAUGCCUGGCCGAACAGAGGUUGAACAGCUCCACAAAAUAUUUAAGUUGUGUGGCUCUCCAUCUGAGGAAUAUUGGAGGAAGUAUAAAUUGCCAAAUGCUACAAUCUUUAAGCCUCAGCAGCCAUAUAAAAGUUGCAUCUCAGAAACAUUCAAAGACUUCCGUCCAUCUUCUCUACCUCUAAUUGAAACUCUUCUUGCAAUAGAUCCUGAUGACCGUGGAACUGCCUCAGAAGCACUGAAUAGUGAAUUCUUUACCACAGAGCCCUAUGCUUGUGAACCAUCGAGUUUGCCAAAGUAUCCUCCCAGCAAAGAAUUGGAUGUAAAGCUGAGAGAUGAAGAAGCAAGAAGGCAAAAGGCUCUAAGUGGAAAAGCUAGUACAGUUGAUGGUGUCAAAAGAGGCAGAGCACGCGAGCGUGGCCGUGCUGUUCCUGCCCCUGAAGCAAAUGCAGAGAUCCAAACAAACUUAGAUAGGUGGAGAGUUGUAACGCAUGCAAAUGCAAAAAGCAAGAGUGAGAAAUUUCCUCCUCCUCAUCAAGAUGGAGCAGUUGGAUAUCUACAGGAUGCUGCAUCAAACAAAGGGCCAGUUUCGCUUGGCGUCCCCGACACCUCGUUUUCCUCAGGGAUAUUUAAUUCAAAACCUUCUGGACCCGUUAGAAGUCAUGCUGGUGCAGGACAUCACAGAGGGAGGAAAGCCAAAAAAGAAGAGUCCCAGAUGGCGUCAUCAUGGAAAUUCAUUCGUCCAUUUAAGCCAUCAACAGUUGGACUUUCUAUGGAUUUGUUAUUUAGGAGCAAAUAAUGAGUUCCUUUUGAUUUUGGCAUCCUAGAGUGAGGAUAGCAAUGAUUUAGGCCGCCAUACAUUUUUUUUUUUUUGCUUAUUGCUAUGGUUUUCAAUUGUUUUUUUCGCCUCGCUCCUUUUUUUUUUUUUUUUUUUUUUUGUAUUUCAUUUGGCAUAAAGUUGUUGUAUAAUCAACAUUACAACGGGGAUCCCCCUACAUUUGUAUAUUUAGUGGAUUAAAUUCUCUGCU